AUGCGAGCAAUCAGGAGGGCCGUUAUAAUCGGCAACGGUUUUGCCGGUGCUGAAAACCAGUGCAUUGGCUUGGUUCGAGCUUUGGGCCUCUCCAACAAUUACUCUCGAUAUCGUGUUAGUCGGCCGAGAGGGGGAAUGAACGAAAGGCUUCAUUGGCUGCCGGUUUCCGUUCACAAACGAUUGGAUCACGCCCUCAAGUGGAUUAAUGGAAAGCAAGUAGUACCUUUUCCAGCUCAAGGGGAAGAUGUUUUAGAGGCUGAUGCAAGGAGUAUAGCCAAAUUGGCUCAAGAGACAUUGAAAAGGGAUGACCCGCUUUUGGUGGUUGCAUCGGGUCGUGAUACCAUUGCUGUUGCAAGUUCUGUUAAGCGGUUGGCUCCCCAAAACGUUUUUCUUGUUCAGAUACAACAUCCUCGAUCUCGUCUGAAUAGAUUUGAUCUCGUGAUAACACCUGAACACGAUUAUUACCCUUUGAUGCCAGAGGCACAGGAACAAAUCCCAUUCUUUCUAAGGAGGUGGGUGACACCUCGGAAUCCUCCGGACAAACAUGUGGUCCUUACAGUGGGGGCUCUUCACAGGGCUGAUUCUGCUGCCUUGAGAAAUGCAGCUUUUGCUUGGCAUGAUGAGAUGGCACGGCUGCCUAAGCCCCUUCUUGUCGUGUCUAUUGGGGGGCCUACACGGCAUUGCGGAUAUGGUGCAGAUCUGGCAAUGCAGCUGACAGACUCAUUGAAGAGUGUUCUUCAGACAUGUGGGAGCCUCAGAAUAUCAUUUUCUCGUCGAACUCCAAAGACUAUAAUGGACAUCCUUACGGAUAAAUUGUCAGACCAUCCUAAAGUCUAUAUAUGGAAUGGUGAAGAUCCAAAUCCACACAUGGGGCAUUUAGCUUGGGCCGAUGCUUUCGUCAUCACGGCUGAUUCAGUAAGCAUGUUGAGUGAGGCUUGCAGCACUGGGUAUGUACAGUAUAUCUACAAUAUAUAUCAAAAUUUUCGUCUCUGUGUGUGUGCAUGUGUGUAUGUGUUUUUUUUUUUUUUCAUUACUUUGCAUUACACAUUUGGAUCUCCCAGGAAGCCUGUAUACGUAAUUGGUGCUGAGCGGUGCACGUGGAAAUUCUCUCAUUUUCUCAAGACCCUGCAGAGCAGAGGAGCCAUUAGACCAUUCACAGGUAAAGAAAAGAUUUCGGAUAAAUGGCACUAUAUACCACUGAGUGACACUGAAAAUGCAGCCGGUGAAGUGAUUAAGGCUCUUGCAGAACGUGGGUGGAAAUUGAUGCCUCAUUGA